CAUUUUUAUAGGUUGGAGAGAUUAAGAAGCACAUAGACGGAGGAGGAGAAGCCUUUAAGGUGGGAGCGUGGAGUGCUGGAAUCAAGUGAACAGAGAGCGACAAGUAGAGAAGGAAAUCAGUUGUGUCUCCUCCUACUGAUCUGACAAGUCUAGUAAGAACCUUGCCGGUACAUUUCUGGAUAUCCUGUUGAACCAUCUUAAGAACUCAGAGAACUGCCAGGUGACCACUGAAAAAAGAUCUAAUCUUAAGGCUUACGCACCCACCACAUCAGAACAAUGUCCUACGUUUUUGUAAAUGAUUCUUCUCAGACUAAUGUGCCCUUGCUGCAAGCCUGUAUUGAUGGAGACUUUAACUAUUCCAAGCGGCUUUUGGAAAGUGGCUUUGACCCAAAUAUUCGUGACAGCAGGGGCAGAACAGGCCUUCACCUUGCAGCAGCUCGCGGGAAUGUAGACAUCUGCCAGUUGCUGCACAAAUUUGGUGCUGAUCUUCUGGCCACAGAUUAUCAAGGGAACACAGCUCUUCAUCUCUGUGGUCAUGUGGAUACUAUUCAAUUCUUAGUUUCCAAUGGACUCAAAAUUGAUAUUUGCAAUCAUCAAGGUGCUACACCCUUAGUUCUGGCAAAGCGCAGGGGAGUGAAUAAAGAUGUCAUCCGAUUGCUGGAAUCUUUGGAAGAACAGGAGGUGAAAGGAUUUAACAGAGGAACCCACUCAAAACUGGAGACCAUGCAGACAGCUGAGAGUGAAAGCGCCAUGGAAAGCCAUUCUCUCCUCAAUCCCAACCUACAGCAAGGCGAAGGAGUUCUCUCCAGCUUCCGAACCACAUGGCAGGAGUUUGUAGAGGAUCUGGGCUUCUGGAGAGUUUUGCUCUUAAUCUUUGUCAUUGCUUUGCUGUCUCUUGGCAUUGCCUACUAUGUGAGUGGGGUGCUACCCUUUGUGGAAAACCAGCCUGAACUGGUGCAUUAAAGGAGCUCAUGGGAAGAUGGGGCACGUGCCCGUUUCCUGGCUUCCAGUGUUUCGCAGUUUCUCAAAAUUGUUCUCUUAGUGUAAGGCAAUGAGAGCUAUACAUGUUUUUCUUUUUGCAUUUUUGCAUAUUGUAAUCCUUUUAGAAUGACGUGUUCAUUUGAACUAACUACGUACUGUAGUCAAGUAUACUGCAUCCUAAAGCUACCUCUGACUCAACCUGACUUUUUAGGAACGCACAGCCUUGUUUAAUAAAAUGUGGAAAUGACGAAAGAAAGAUAAGGGAAGGUCUUGCCCUAGAAACCUAAUCCUAAUGCAGGACCAUCUGAAGUGAAGUGUUCAGAAAGAAGAGGGUUUCCUUGUAUGAGUAGUUUUGGUUGGUGGGUUUUGUUUGUUUAUUUUUGCAAGAGCCCUUUUUCUCUAUUUACAGUCUGGAAACAGAGGAAACAAUGAAAUAUUCAGCUUAAAACUUGAAGGGCUUUUUUCAAACCCUUCCUGGUAAGUCAGUAUUAUUGGAAUCUGAUUUUUUUUAAUACUUUCAAAUCUAGUCCCAAACAAAAUAGAACUUUUGAAAGUGAGCUAUAUUUUCUUCAAAAGUGAUUGAUUUGAUCUUAUAUUUAUUUGUUUUUAGGAUAAUUUUCUUUUGUAAACUGCUUUGCUUGUUGUUAAUAGCUGUGAAAUGUGAACUUGAGGAGUUCAUUUUGUUCACUUUUCAAUUUUCCCUAGUGUUUAUUUCAAAGGUGGUCUAGUCAUCAGUAAUAUAGUCAGAAAACUUUUUCUAUUCAAUAGUUAGGGGAAAAUAAUGCUGAUGUUUAAUGGUCACUAAUUUUGUAGUGCUAUUACUAUAGUGAAAAUUUCAGUGCUGUAAGCUUGCCAUGUUGUUACAGUUGUGUCAUAGUGUGUAAUUAUUUCAUUUUAUGCACACUCCUGUUUAGAAGCCCUAUAGAAUUGUCAUGACAAUUUCAUCCAUGUCAAUAAUUCUCUGAUGGCAAGAAUGGAUGAAGUAUUUCUGAGUUAACAGCGCUGAACACGAUUGUGCUGGGUGUUAUAAAUGCUUUAUGAAUUGUAAUAUUAUGUAAAUUGGAAUCUGGCUCCCAGACUGUAUUACAGCAUUCAGCAGUAUGUUUGAGGGCCUCUUUUGUUAAUGAUUCUAUUAUGUAUAAAUCACAUUCUUGGGUUAUUAAAAAAGAAUAUGAAGACUUGAUAAUUAUUCAUUGAGUAUAGUCAGAAAACUAAUGAAAGAACUAAUGGUUUUACUUUUUACAACAAAGACAUCUAAGCUACUGCUAAUUGAAUUGUUGCUAGAAUUAGAACUUACCGUUUAGAAUAGAAGUGGUAUCCCUGUGGUUGUUUGCUGCUGGUUCUCCCUCUCGUAUUUGCAUGUCCAGGAUUGAGGAGGCUUUAUCCCCUCUAAAGAGCUGCUUUAAAGUUCCUGGUUCACCUGGCUGCUGCAGUACCGGCUCGAAGUCUUGCUUUUUGAUUAGAUACAAGCAAAACAUCUUACUCAGUGUAAAUACCAUAAAAACAGUGUAUUUUAGAAUGGAGAACACUAGAAGUCAAUGUAUAUUCAUAAUGAAUGCUGUGGAAUUAGCUUUACAUUUGUAUGUAAAUCUAAACAGAUAUGCAGAAUUGGUUAAAUAUAUAUGUAUAUAUGUUGCCUUUUUUAUGUUUCCUUUAAGUUCUGAUUUCUUUGUAUGCUAUUCUCUGCAUUCAGAAUUCAGUAACACUACCAAUAAAUGUAUUUAUAAUCUCUUAAUCACA